UUUGUGUACUCUCUGAGGAAAAUGUGCCCUUAGGGGUUUUCAUAAACACAUACAUUCCAUUUCUUACCUCUGCCAUGGAAAGGCUGCACUACAAAUACCAAUCCACACCUCAUUUUCUCUCUCCCUCACCAGGAGAUGCUCUUGCCCUUUGCGUACGUGGAGCUUCACUUCACCAUUAAUGGUGUCGUUGUACAGUCCCACAACCAUAAUCGUGUAUGAUGCCUCCCUGUUGAAACAGCGAUGAAAGACAGACCUCUUUCAUAGAACUGUCUUCUAGUAGUUUCCCUAAGGUGAUUUCCCAACAGCAGAAAUGUGGGGUUGGGAGCACGUGAUUUUUAGAAACCUUAACUUUCUCACUUUGGCUGUAGGGGAGGAAACUAAUUAAUAGUUAAAUUUAGGUACUCCUACUUCCUUUUUCUGAUCAAGAUGCACUCUGCUGUUUUAGAAGAGCGGUGUCCCAGAUAUUCUCACUGGAGCUGGUGUGAGCCGCUGUACUGACUACUGUGAGAUCAAGAAGAAGAGCUAACGGCUGUGUGAGAAAAUGCCGGGUUCCGUCUGUCCCUGGGUGGUCUUCACGCUGCUGUGGCUGGCUCUACCGGUUGUGACUCCUGUCAGGAGACAAUACGAAACUGCAACCAAAUCUGUGAUUUCUCUGAACCCUCCAUGGACCGCUUUCUUUCAAGGAGAGAAAGUGACUCUGACGUGCUAUAGAUAUGGCUUCAAGUUACCCCAGAAAACAAAAUGGUACCAGAAUGGCAAAGAAUUAAGAGAAAUCACAGUUCACACCUUCAUGUUCUCUGUGUCUGGAGAGUACCAAUGCCAAGCUGAUGACUUACAUCUAAGCAUCUCUGUGCACUUACACUUUGAUGAAGGUCCACUGGUGCUGCGAGCUCCACCCGCUGUGUUUGAAGGAGAGACUGUGACUCUGAGGUGCCACGCAAAGGAAAAUAUAGCACAAAAGACCUUGACAUUUUACAAGAAUUAUGAUGCUCUGAAACCAUCUGGUCAACGUUCUCAGCUCUUUAUUAGUCAUGCAAAUCCACGUGACAAUGGUGUAUACCACUGCAGUAGGAAGAAGGAGUGGCUUUGGUCCAGCACUUCUUCCAAUUCUAUCACAAUCCAAGUCCAAGAGUUAUUCCCACGUCCUGUGCUGAGAGCCAGACCCUCUCAACCCAUAGAUGGAAGCCCAGUGACCCUGACCUGUCAGACUCAGCUCCCCGCACAGAGGUCAAAUGUCCAGCUCCAGUUCUGUUUCUUCAGAAACUUCCAGACUCAGGCUCUGGGGUCAGGCUGUAGCAGCUCCUCAGAGCUGCACAUUCCUGCCAUAUGGACUGAAGAUUCAAUGUCGUACUGGUGCAUGGCAGAAACAAUGGAUGCCCAAGUAAGAAAACGAAGCCUGGCAAUUAAAAUUGCUGUGCAGAGGGCUUCUGCGGACUUCCAAAUACACAGUGUCCCAGCCUUGACGUCGGUGUUUGAAGGACAGUUGCUGUUAUUCAACUGCUCAGUAAAAGGGGUCCCAGGGCCCAUCAAAUUUUCAUGGUACAAAAGGGACAAGCUGAAUAAAGAAACAAAGACUCCUAAGUCCUCAGAAGCAGAAUUCAAGAUCUCCGCAGUGAACAGCAGUGACGCGGGGGAUUAUUACUGUGAAGCCAAUAACAGUCGCCGAAGCUUUGUCAGCAAAGCAGUGCCCGUUACCAUAAAAGUCCCAGUGUCCCAGCCUGUCCUCACCCUAAGCACUGGCAAGACCCGGGCCCUUGAGGGAGACUUGAUGACACUUCACUGUAGAUCCCGGAGGGGUUCUCCACAUAUCCGGUAUGAAUUCUAUUAUGAGGAUGUCUUCCUGGAGAUCAACUCUACGCUCUCUGGAGGAGGAGCAUCCUUCAAUUUCUCUAUGACCACAGAGCGUUCUGGAAACUACUACUGCACCGCUGACAAUGGCCUGGGGGCCCAGCGCAGUGAGGCUGUCCGGAUCUCCGUCAUUGACACAACCAAGAACAGAAGUGUUACUGUGGCUGCUGGAAUUGCUGGAGGACUGCUCAUCGUGGCUGGUGCGGCUGCUGGAGUACUGUUUUAUUGCUGGUUCUCUAGAAAAGCAGGGGGAAAGCCUGCCUUUGAUGACUCCAGGGACCCUUCAUGCUCAGAACCCCAGGAGCCCACCUAUUACAAUGUACCAGCCUGUAUAGAACUGCAACCAGUAUACAGCAAUGACCCUAAAGAAGAAGUGAUUUACACAGAAGUUCGGAGAACCCAACAGAAUUGUAAACAUGCAGUUCAGAAGACUGAAAACCAAACACCAAGGUGCCAGAUGGCUGAAUGAAAAAUGAGGACAUGUCUGCUCCAAGUGGCCUCUGAACUCAGGGUUUCCACAAAUCCAGUGAGUCUUCUGACAGCUGUGGCUUCCCCUAUGGGCUGCCGGCUCUGCCCUUGCCCUGAUGCUGUGUCCUCCAGGGGUCUCCUGUUAUCUACUCCCAGGUGAUGCUGGCAAGCACCCUAGCUCCUGGCUGCAGAAGUUGCCCUCCUCAGAACCUCACAGAUGAAUCCACAAAUCUCCCAGCUCCUACCUCAGCUAGUGCACCCCACCACUCUCCUUGGGGGAGAGGGUACACUGCAGUGAGACUUAAGUGCAUCCAGAGCUCUUUGCACCAAGUGCCCAGGACUUGGGGCCCUACUUGGCUCCCACCCAUCACUAGACGAAGUGCUGCACAGGGUAUCUUUUUAAUCUAAUGAUAAGCUGCUCCUGACCUAGGGAAAGUCCUAUCUCCUGCUUCCUCAGUGAGCUUCAGUUUCCAUGGCUGUUGCUGCCCCUCGAUUUGGACUGCUCGACUGUAGCUGGAAGUCAUGCUCUCGAGGUACAUGGUGUCACCCCAGUGGCCCUCUGUGCUGCUCUACCAAAUGGGAAGCACCCACUCUUUGGACAUGAUGAACUCCUUACAGCAGAGCUGCAUUUCGCAAACUUUUAAUUGUCUAGAACUUAAGGUCCGUACCUGAUAUUAGUGUAAUUCCUUUCCUGCUCAACAGCUAACCACCCAAGUCAAGUGAAUACCCCAUACCCCAGGCCUUUCCUAACCUGGCAAAAGGAACCCCGCAAAGUCAAGAUCAGGAGCACCGAGGACUGGAUAAUGCAUCUUCGACUGUAGAAAGUACUGUGUAAUCAUGAAUGAACAAGGAGGAAGAAAGCAGCAUUGGAUUCUACAUGCCUCCCAAGAAACUCAGAAGCACCCUGCUCUUUCUUUCCCCUGAGGGAGAAUGGGAGAAAAUCCUAUUCACCAAGAGUUAGGGCUCCAGAUCUCCAUGUGCUCAUGAUCACCUGAGAACCUUCUGGACAUGCAGGUGCUCACUGUCUGGGCCUGGGGAGAGCCCAAGAUUCUGCAUCUCUAAAAAGCUUCCAGAUGGUGCUGAUCCUUUAGUGUAGGGAUCAUACUGAGAGCUGAGGCCCCGUAGGUCUUGGCAGAGACUAAUGAAGCAGAUCUAGCUACUCUCUGCCAAACUCCACAGGACAUGUUCACAAGGAUCACACUCAAUGCCCUUGAGCCAUCCUUUGACCAAAAGCACUGUGGUGGUUUGAAUAAGAAUGACUCCCAUAGGCGCAUACAUUUGAACGCUUGGUCAUCAGGGAGUGGCACUAUUUGAGAGGGAUCCUAGGAGGUGUGACCUUAUUGGAGGAAGGAUGUCACCAGGAGUGGGUUUUGGAGUUUCAAAAGCUCAAGCCAUGCCCAGUGAGUUUCUCCUGCUGCUGCUGGAUAUAGAACUCUCAGCUACUUCACCAGCACCAUGUCUACCAUGCUCCCUGCCAUGAGGAUAAUGGACUAAACCUCUGGAACUGUAAGCAAGCCUCAAUUAAAUGCUUCCCCUCAUAAGCAUUGCUGUGGUCCUGGUGUCUUCACAGCAAUAGAGUACUGACUAAGACAAGCACCCUCAGAGAACUCUGAGAUAUCUUGGGGUUUGCCAGCUACCCUGGCAGGGAAAGGAGAACGACACCAUCUUUGUUUCUCCUCAUACUCUGUGAACAAUUUGUGAAUAAAUAUGCCCUCUACAUUCUGAUUGCUCUCCCCAUUCCUGAAGUGUUGUUCCCCUUUCAUUCCCAUCAUACUUUCUCUUGACCUCUGACCUUGUUGAUCAUUGUCUUAGCCAUUUUUAUCUAAAAAAGCAGACACCAAAAAAUGUGAGUUUAUAGGAAAAGAGGAGAAGACAGGGAGAUGGGAAGAAAGAUGUAAGGUCCAUGCUCCGAUUCCAGGAAAGGAAGGGGGUCACAGUAGCCCAGGAAGUUAAAGAGAUUUUGAAGACAUGUAGACAGAUAAAACAUAGCAUUAUUUGCUUCAAGCAAAGGCUUCUAGACAGGCAGCUACCCACAGGCACCCAGGCACA